GACGGCCGCCGCUGCCACGACGUGGACGAGUGCGCCGUCGACGGCGGCGCCGGCUGUUCGCACGGCUGCGUCAACAAGGAAGGCUCUUUCCGGUGCACGUGCCCCGACGGAUACGUGCUGGGGGGAGACGCGCGCACCUGCGACGACCUGGACGAAUGCGCCGAUUCGCCCGGGUGCUCGCACUCGUGCGUCAACACGCCCGGUUCGUUUCGCUGCGCCUGCCCCUCCGGCUUCGUGCUGGCGGACGACGCGAGGACCUGCCGCGACGUGGACGAGUGCGCCGAGGCGGCUCACGGAGAGGAAGAGAACGAGGAAGGCUCGGGCCGGCGGCGCUGCAGUCACAAGUGCGUCAAUGAGGGCUUCGCCCUGGGCGCGGACGACGCCACGUGCGAGGACGUGGACGAGUGCGCGUCGCCCGGCGCGCACAACUGCUCGCACGGCUGCGUCAACGCGGACGGCUCGUUCCGGUGCACGUGCCCCGAGGGGUACGCGCUGGCCGGCGACCGGCGCACGUGCGAGGACGUGGACGAGUGCAUCGACGGCAACCGCGUGGACGUGUGCGCGCACAAGUGCGUCAACGUGGCCGGCUCGUUCCGGUGCGAGUGCGAGCCGGGCUACCGGCUGGCCGGCGACGCGCGCUCCUGCGCCGACGUGAACGAGUGCCUGGCCGACAACGGCGGCUGCUCGCACCUCUGCGCCAACACCGCCGGCGGCGCGCAGUGCGCGUGCCCCGACGGGCUCCGGCUGCUGCCCGACGACAAGACCUGCGAACCGAUGGACGCGUGCGCGCUGGACAACGGCGGCUGCUCGCACGGGUGCCGGUCGGGCGCGGGCGGCGCGGCGGAGUGCGUGUGCCCGGCGGGCUGGCGGCUGGACGCGGCCGACGGGCGCGCGUGCCGCGACGUGGACGAGUGCGCGGAGGAGCGGCCGUGCGCGCACCGCUGCGUCAACACGGAGGGCGGCUACCGCUGCGAGUGCCGCGCGGGCUACCGCGCGCCGCCGGCCGACCCGCGCGCCUGCGAGGACGUGGACGAGUGCGCGCGCCGCAACGGCGGCUGCUCGCACAUCUGCGUCAACACGCGCGGCGCGUUCCGGUGCGCGUGCCCGCGCGGCUACGCGCCCAGCCAGGAGGACGGCGCGCGCUGCGAGGACGUGAACGAGUGCCUGUCCGGCAGCGUGCGCAACGGCGGCUGCAGCCACAUCUGCAAGAACCGGCCCGGCGGCCACCGCUGCGCCUGCCCCGACGGCAUGCGCCUCCGACGGGACAAGCGCACCUGCGAGGACGUGGACGAGUGCGCGCACGGCAACGGCGGCUGCAUGGGCCGCUGCGUCAACACGCCGGGCUCGUUCGUGUGCGUGCCGGAGGACGCGUGCGCCGACGACAACGGCGGCUGCUCGCACGCGUGCCACACGCGGCUGGACGGCGGCGCGUUCUGCACGUGCCCCGAGGGCCUGCGCCUGGCGGCCGACGGCCUGCGCUGCGACGACGUGGACGAGUUCACGUGCGCGUGCCCCGAGGGGUUGGAGCUGCGCGCGGACAACCGGUCGUGCCGCGCGGCGGACGCGUGCCUGCGGCUGCGCCACCGCUGUGCGCACGGCUGCGCGGUGGCCCCCGGCGGCGGCGCGCGCUGCACCUGCCCCGCGGGCUACGAGCUCAGCGCCGACGGGCGCACGUGCCGCGACGUGGACGAGUGCGCCGCUCCGGCCGCGCACCCCUGCGACCACUUCUGCGUCAACACGCCCGGCGCCUUCGAGUGCGGCUGCAAGGACGGCUUCCUCAAGAUGGGGCACCGCUGCGUCGAUGUGGAUGAAUGCCAGACUGGUGUGUGCGAAGGUCGCUGUGUGAACACAGUUGGGUCGUAUUAUUGUCGUUGCGACCCUGGAUAUCGACUACAAGGUGGAGUCUGCAUUGAUGUUGAUGAAUGUGAAGACCCAGAAUCUGCAUGUCCUCGAGGAAAAUGUCUCAAUACUAUUGGCUCAUAUCGCUGCCUCUGUGAAUCUGGCUAUCGCACUGUGGGUACUCGAUGUGUUGAUAUUGACGAAUGUGACCGCAACAAUGGUGGAUGUUCUCAUCUGUGUAUCAACACACCUGGUUCAUUCUCUUGUUCUUGUCAUUCUGGUUACCGAUUACAUCACAGAAACCGCACAGAGUGUGUAGAUAUCAAUGAAUGUAAAGAACACAAUGGUGGUUGCAAUAUGGAUUGUGUGAACACCAUUGGCUCCUUCCAUUGUGUGUGCAGUGAUCACUUCAUUUUGACUCCAGAUGGUCUCACAUGUGUCGCUCGCCACUCCCCGGCGGGCAUCGCGGCGGCGGGCGAGAGCGCGGAGCGGGAGCGCGAGCGGGAGCGCGAGCGGGAGCGGGCCGGGCGCUGCACGCGGCCACGGCCGCCGCCCAACGGCGAGGUGCGCUGCCCGGGCUUCCCCAGCGACGCCGGCGCCGCGCUGCCGCCCGGAGCCGUCUGCCACACGCGCUGCCUGCGCGGCUUCAAGCUGGACGGCGCCGCCAGCCGC